AGCAAUCAUCACCGACUUCACUUUCUCGUCCUCGUGCCGCCACCUCUUUCUCCUCUAUCAGUAUCCCCACCACCACCAGUAUCGUAUCUCCGUCGCAACGGCUUCUAGUGCCUAGAUCGCCUGUUACAUCAACCCUCUCCUCACUCUCUUCCGACUCCGGCGUUGCUGCAGCACCACUACCACCAGUAACAAUCACAUCAUACCCACCAAAACCAUCAUCCCAUGUCUCAGAUGUCUCAUCUUCUGUUUCUACCAACGCUUCAGUAGAAAAACCAAAUUUAGUUCCAGGAACUAUCAUACCGGACCGAAAGGUUUUGGGUGCAGCUUGGUCGAGUGGACAAGGGAUGCAACAAAGCCAGUCGAGAGGCGUAUCGUCAUCUAAUUCUGAAGCUGACGGCGAGGGCGUACAAUUGCCAGAGGAAGAGACGGACUCGGGUCUACUUUUACCACUUGGUUUGAUGGAACGGGCGGAAGCGAAGAUAGAGGCAAAGUCGAAUCGUAAAAUUGCCGAUCUCGAAAUAACUAAUCGCUCACUGAUGGCCAUCAACACCCAACUUGAGGCCGAAAAGGUUCGCCAAAUGCGUGAAAUUCGUGAACUUAAAAGACGGCUGCGUGAAUCUCGUCUCAUUCUUCCUCCAGGCGCUUUCAAAGUUCUCGACGAGCAACGCAAGCGCGCGGUCGCAGCGGGAACAUCAAAAACAGGGGGGACAGCUGUAGAUGAUUUAGAAGAGGAAGACGAUGAUGAAGAUGAAGAUGAUGGAGUCGAGCAGCCACCAGAUCCGGCCUAUGAACGUGUAACGGCGCUCGUCGACGCUCUUAUCGUUCGGGGACACGAAGCGCUGCGAAGCACUACCGAAAGUCUCUCGCGUGGUGUAGGUGGAAUCGGAUCAACAGGGACCAAAGUCCUCAGCCCCGAUGAAGUCCAAAUGCACUAUGCCCGACAAGAGGUCGAGGAUGCUAUACUGUCAUCGGAACGUACUCCUCGUGAGGAACAGGACGGCUCUGCAUUCGAGGAUGUGGUGCAUGAUCUUGAUGGGCUCGAGGCUGGUAUGGACGACGAUCCGUUCGUUUCUGGGGUAGACGACGAAUGAUAUCUAAAGAUGUGCUUCUUUUUUUUUUUUAACGAAACGAAGCACAUGUAGAUCACUGAUGCUUGCAUUCUGUAACAAAUCCGUAAUUACAGUUUCUUUCCUAUAGAGGGAGACAACUCAUUCCCCGAACUCAAUAACAUCUUUUCAUCACACACUCUAAUACUUCCAUCCUAGGUACCCAUUCUACGCAUCUUGCAUCUUAUGGCACACUCUUUUAAAUUCAUCUUUCCGCU